GAACACCUAGGUCCCCAGGCUACUUCCCCUAACUCAUAUCUAGAUUCCUGAAGCUUCUGCACAUGUAGUUCCUGGAGCUGCUGCUUACUAAAAUGUCAACAACUUCAUCUUCUAGCUGGGACAGCCUCUUAGAUACUCUUUCUCAGAGCCCAAUAUGGAAUUGGAUACAAGCAAGUUUUCUGGGAGAGACUGCUGCACCUCAGCAAACAAGUUUGGGACUAUUAGAUAAUAUUGCUCCGGCUCUGCAAGUCAUCUUGAGGAUUUCUUUCUUGAUUUUGUUGGCAAUAGGAAUAUAUGCCUUAUGGAAACGAAGUAUUCAGUCAAUUCAGAAAACGUUGUUGUUUGUAAUCACACUCUACAAACUUUACAAGAAGGGCUCAGAUAUUUUUCAGGCUUUGCUAGCCAACCCAGGAGGAAGUGGUCUCCAAAUUCAAGAUAAUAAUAAUCUCUUCCUGUCCUUGGGUCUGCAAGAGAAAAUUUUGAAAAAACUUCAGACAGUGGAAAACAAAGUGAAGGACCUAGAGGGGAUAAUCAUUGCUCAAAAACCAGCCACGAAGAGGGAUUGCUCCUCUGAGCCCUACUGCAGCUGCUCUGACUGCCAAAGUUCCUAGCCCACAUCAGGGUUUACUUCCCCAUUUGAAAUGUAAAACACUCCAGUGUUUUCCAGAAAAGCACUGUUUCUCUCAUAUGUGCAGUGGUGUAUCAAUAAAGAUAGAGAACUCUAUUGAAA